CAGGUGUGCUUUCGAUGGCCUCCGAUAUGUGCUGCAUUUACUGGGUUUGAUGAUUUCUUCCUUGUUCGGCAAGCUAUCCUUCUAACAAUUGAUACAUUUGGGUUUUCUCACAUUCUUCCAGUAUUUGGACUUCCAUUUCUGGUUGUACCCCAACAUAUGUUGGGUCAAACUGACCAGGAUAGAAGACUCCUUUCGGUGCAGUUAUUCCUGAUGUAUUUGAUGUACGGACUUAUUAUGGCCACUACUGUCAUAGCAACUAUAAUCUGUGUGACCAUACAGAGGCGACAUCUAAUGGUAUGGGGCUUGUUUGCUCCCAAGUUUGUCUUUGAUGUAGUGGGUUUUAUUCUCACUGACGUCCUCAUUUGUUUGGCUUGCCUUUACUAUUUUGGUUUUGAUGGAGAAGUGGAUGGUGCAUACUUAUGAUUGAUAACAUGAAAUUCUUUAAUGUUUAUGUGAGUUUUGUAAUAGUAAAUAUCUGGUUAAUGUUGGAAGUAGUAAUAUUUAAAUGUAAUCUUGUUAUUAUUUAUUAUCUUAGUUUGUAAAUUUAAUUUAUUAUUAUUCUCGGAUAUGGGUUGAUAUUGUUUGGAAUUUAUUAUUGGAAUGA